AUGGGAAGUGGAAUUAGUUCAGAGAGCAAGGAGUCAGGCAAAAGAUCAAAAGAACUGGAGAAAAAGCUUCAGGAAGAUGCUGAGCGAGAUGCAAGAACUGUAAAGUUGCUGUUAUUAGCAUCAUUAACUACAGAUAGUGAACAAGGACUUAUGAUGAUGAAUGGGUCUGACAGUUUCCUGCCCUUGACCUUCUCCUCUUCAAUGCUCUUAUCAGGGAUUUGGAAAGACCAAACACAACUUUAUGCGAUAACAAAUACCCUGGAAGAUGGCAGCAUGAUGCCUGAAUUGGCUGAGGUAAUAAAACGACUGUGGAGAGAUCCAGGAAUUCAGGCCUGCUUUGAAAGGGCAUCUGAAUAUCAGGUCAAUGACUCAGCAGCUUACUACCUGAACGAUUUGGACAGAAGAGCAGCUCCUGGCUACGUCCCAAAUGAGCAAGAUGUUCCACAUUCUCAAGUGAAAACAACUAGAAUCACUGGAACUCAAUUCUCCGUUAAAGACUUGCAUUUCAGAAUGCUUAAUGUAGGUGGACAGAGAUCUGAGAGAAAGAAAUGGAUUCUCCUUGAAGGAGUUAUAUGAAUUAUAUUUUGUGCUGCACUCAGUGCCUAUGAUAUGCUCUUGGUGGAAGAUGAAGAAGUGAACAGAAUGCAUGAAAGCCUUCACCUGUUCAACAGUAUCUGUAAUCCCAAGUACUUUGCAACCACCUCCAUUGUCCUGUUUCUCAAUAAAAAAGAUCUCUUUCAAGAAAAAGUAACCAAAGGGCAUCUUGGUAUCUGCUUUCCAGAGUACACUGGUCCAAAUACCUUUGAAGAGGCAAGGAACUACAUCAAGAACCAGUUUCUAGACCUGAAUUUAAAAAAAGAUAAGGAAAUUUAUUCCCACAUGACCUGUGCUACAGAUACUCAAAAUGUCAAGUUCGUGUUUGACGCUGUUACAGAUAAUAAAGAGAAUCUGAAAGACUGUGUGCUCUUCUAA